CAGCCCAUAAAAUAACCAUCGCAUUAAACCCUAGAAGAGUUUGUAUAUUCAUAUACACCACAUCAUUGGCCGCAUCUUGCUCUCUUCAAUCUCAUAAUCCCCUUGAAUUCUUUUCUUUUCAUUUCAUAUCGGAGCACAAUGGUUGCCGGAAAGAAGACGAAGAAGACUCAUGAGAGCAUCAACAACAGGCUGGCUCUUGUGAUGAAGAGUGGCAAAUACACUCUCGGUUACAAGACUGUGCUCGAGUCUCUCAGAAGCUCCAAAGGGAAGUUGAUUAUAAUAUCGAACAAUUGCCCCCCUUUGAGGAAGUCAGAGAUUGAAUACUAUGCCAUGCUUGCAAAGGUUGGGGUGCACCAUUACAAUGGAAACAAUGUGGACUUGGGUACAGCAUGUGGAAAGUAUUUCCGUGUGUCAUGCCUUAGCAUUGUGGAUCCAGGUGAUUCGGAUAUCAUCAAGACAUUGCCUGGGGAUCACUGAGAGACCCUCCUUCGACUAGUAAAAUGAUUUGUCUAAUUUAGUAGUACUUCAAUUGGGGACUUUUCAGAAAUCUUUCUUGUAUCUUAUACUAAAGUUUUGAGUAUCAUCUUUAUCGUGUGUUCUGGUACUUAUUACAUACCUCUGAAUUCCGAGGUUCUUGAUAUCUGUGUUUAGUUUUGAUCUU